AUGGAUCGCGGCUCCCGGCCCGCGCGGCCGCAGUCGGUCGACGAGCUCGUCCGGCAGGCCGAGAACUUCAACUUCAACCCCAACAUCCCGUUCAAGCACUGGACGCGCGCCGCCGACACGCUGUAUCAAGAGGCGCACUUUGCCCUCGCAGACGGCGACUAUGGACGCGCCUUUCUCAUGCUCUACCGGCACUCGUCGCUGGUCAUGAAGCUCGUCUCGCACCCCCAGUACCGGGACCCCGACAGCAAGAAGCUGUUCCGGCCGCUGUCGAAGCGCACAAACGCCGUCCUCGACGACAUGGAGCGCAUCAAGCCCGUCAUCGUCGACGAAUACGCCGAGUGGGAGCGCAUGGCGGGCGGCGUCCACGCCCAGCAGCGCCCGUCCCGCUACGAAGAUUACGCCGCCCGCGACCCCAGCCUGAGCGGGCACGCCAAGGUGCUCGACGCGUCGGAGAACCAGGAGCUGGCCGUCGACCUGGCCCAGCAGGAGCUGGCGCGGAGGGACAGGGCGCGAGAGUCGCGGGCGCCUGCGCGUGCCGACGGCCACCGCGCCAAGGACUGGUACCACGGCGACGACGGCGACCUUCGCAGCCAGAUGGAGGCCGCCCGGCGUGCCCUGAGGCCCGACGCCCACGACGAAAAGACGGACGGCGGCGCCCCGGCGGCGCAACACUACAGCUAUCCGUCCAUCUCCAGAUCUCAGGCCGUCUCGUACGAGCCUCAGCCACGCGUGCCGGCGCCGAGCCGGUCGCCAGGGCCCAUCCGGCCGCCCAAGGAAUCUCUGCCGGAGCAACGAUCGCUAACCUCGCCGGCCAUCCCAGGCAAGGUGCCGCUGGACCGGCCGCCGACGCUGGCCACGGAGCCCCGGUCCGUCGAUGUGCCGCCCCGCCCGAAGAAGGAACGCAUCGCAUUCAGGCCCGGGGCGUACCUGGAAAACGGCGACCCGAUCCGCCCCGUGUUUGUGCCGAACCAGCUGCGGCGGCGCUUCCUCGAAAUCGCGGCCGAAAACACGCGCGCCGGGCUCGAGAUGUGCGGGAUCCUCUGCGGCACGCCCGUUAACAACGCCCUGUUUGUGCGCUGCCUGCUGAUCCCCGACCAAAAGUGCACGUCGGACACGUGCGAGACGGAAAACGAGGGCGCCAUGUUCGACUACUGCGCCGGCGAGGACCUGCUCGUGCUCGGCUGGAUCCACACGCAUCCUACGCAGACGUGCUUCAUGAGCUCGCGCGACCUGCACACGCAGGCCGGCUACCAGGUCAUGAUGCCCGAGAGCAUCGCCAUCGUGUGCGCUCCACGGUUCCAGCCCUCGUACGGCAUCUUUCGCCUGACGCACCCGCCCGGCCUCGACCACAUCCUCAACUGCAACCACCAGGACACGUUCCACCAGCACUCGAUAGACAACAUUUACCGGCAGACGGAGCACCCCAACGGGCACGUCUACGAGAGCGACAAGCUGCCGUUCUACGUGCAGGACCUGCGGACCAAGUAG